UCGUUACUCUCCCCUCUUCGCUCAAGGUCCGCGUCGUUGUAUCGGUCGUCCCCUCCGCUGCGAUCUAGGGUUAGGGUGAAGGCGGCCGGUCGUUUAAAUCGAAGAGGGAAGGAGCAAGGAUGCCUCAGCGUCACUCGAAGAACAACAACGAUCUCGCUUUCUUUACGUACGAGGAGAAGCGGAAGCUCGGGUACGGCACGCAGCGGGAGCGGCUCGGCAAGGAUUCCAUCAAGCCUUUUGACGCCUGCUGCUUGUGUCUCAAGCCCCUCAUCGAUCCUCUUUGCUGCCAGAAGGGGCAUCUCUUCUGCAAGGAGUGCAUCCUCGAGUGCCUCCUGGCGCAGAAGAAGGACAUCAAAAGAAAGCUAGCUGCUCAUGCUAUACAACAGAAACAAGAGAAAGAUGAGGAAGAGGAGAAACAAACGCUGCAAAAGGCUCGAGAACUCGAUGCUUUCGACCAGCAAAACCAUGGGGCUGUGCCACAGUACAAUGACCGGAGUCAAUCUCGUGACCGGAAUGGGUUCCACGGAGCAAACAGUGUGAAGGUAACCUCAUAUGAAGAAGAGGCUAUGCGCAACAUGAAGGCUUUCUGGCUUCCAUCCGCGACCCCUGAAGCCCCGGUCAAGGUGGAGGCUCCGACCACUGAUACAACCUGCCCAGAAGGCAAGGAAAAGCUUAGGCUGAAACAACUCUUUCCAAUCUCCUUCACGGAAGAAAGUAACCGCGAGAGCAAGAAAUCCAAGGCUUUGGAAAGCAGUUACGUAUGCCCGAGCUGCAAGGUCACCCUCACCAACACUCUGUCACUUGUAGCUGUCAGCACCUGCGGUCACGUCUUCUGCAAAAAGUGCUCCGAUAAGUUCCUAGCCAUCGACAAGGCCUGCUUAGUCUGCAACAAGGAGUGCAAGGUGAGGAACCUAAUUUGCAUAGAGAAAGGAGGGACAGGUUUCGCCGGGCAUGAUGAUCACUUGGAGGCGACCGAUUUCAAACACUUGGGCAGUGGUUCUGGGUUGGGACUCUGGAAACCAGCCUCGAAAACUUAAAAGGCGGCAAACGGAAUCUUAAAAUCUCAGAACAUGUUUCUCGCUCUAGGUUAAUUCUCAAAUCCUGUGAUGUAUCGACUUCCUCCAGCGUUUAUAUUCUUGUGUUAAACUACUUCCAAUGGAGGGCUCAUGUUUGCAAGUUUAAGCAAUCGAUUUCUUUGGAUUUGUAUUUUGAUGUCUUGUUUUUAAGAUUGAACCAUGUGGGUAGACCCUUCUUUUCUUCGUUA